AGGAAAGCGUCUAACGUUGCAACGUUCGUUUGCAGGCUGUACAAGUGCGAAACGAAGCAAGGGAAAGUGUCGGCGGCCGAAGCACAGUACCUAACGAUCGUGAAAGAGAACGAGAUCAAAUUAAGCGAGCAGAGGAAAAGCAAGCACGGCGGUAUCUCUACAAAGUUGAGGGGAUUCUUGAAGCCUACAGGAUGGAAGCCUAUAACGAUACUCUUCUUGCUCUUCUUCUUCCAACAGUUCUCUGGCAUCUACAUCACGUUGUUCUACGCUGUUACCUGGUUCCAAGAAGUUGGCUCGGGAGUAGACGAAUACAUAGCCUCGAUUCUAGUCGGUGUAACUCGGUUUCUGUGUUCGAUGGUCAACACGUGGUUGCUGAGAAGAUACAAAAGGCGAGCACUGUGCAUAAUUUCCUCGCUGGGUAUGGCGCUUUGUAUGACCGUUUCCGGUUACUUCACGUACCAAAUUAAGUCAGGCGAUCGCUCCGGAUACUGGGUUCCAGUUGCCUGUCUGUUGCUGUACGUCUGCACGUCUAUGGUCGGUAUGCUAACCAUUCCUUGGACCAUGACCGCCGAACUGUUCCCCACGGACAUUCGGGGCAUCGCUCAUUCCAUCAGCUACUCCAUCGCGAACUUGUUGAUGUUUUCCGCCCUGCAAAGUUAUAGAAGUUUACAAAGUUUCCUUGGAGGAUCCUACGCGGUGCAGUGGUUCUUCGCCGCAGUGUCGAUAGGGGCGGUCGUCUUCGUAUGGCUGCUGCUUCCAGAAACCCACGGCAAGAAGCUGUCGGAGAUCGAGGAGUACUUCCAGAACCAUUUCCUGGCAGUCGGCGCCGAAUCAAAGACCGCGAAACGGCGGGCGGCGAGAAGAAGGCAGCGAACCGAGAAAUCGUCCGCCACGGAGCCUCUGAAUCCAAGACUCGUGCAGAAAGUAUAAAACUUUUUUCUCUUCUGUACGGCUGGGAUCGCGACAAACAAAAGAGUUCCUAAGCCGAGAAUGCUACGAACUGUACGUAUUACGUUCCAUUCAAUGCAUGACACGCAGAUAAUGUCGUUAGUUAAAUGUUACCCAUUAAACCGCGAAACGUGCGUAGUUUUUUAUACGCUGUUAAAGUGAUGUUACGAAAGAUCUAUAGUUUCGUAUUUCAGCUGAAGUGGAGAACCUAUAAAAAUCGAUAGCCUGAGGGCAAGUCUAAUUCUUUUCUUUGUUAUAUUCUUCGGCGUUAAAAUCAAAUGUUUGAAAUUAACAGGUGACUUAACGAGGCCUAACAUUAACACUCGUAAAGUUUAUGCAACUAGAAUCUAAUAAUACGAAGCACCGUUUAUUGUUCGAAGAGUAGAAAAACGGGUUAGGGAAUUUCUGUGGCCGUUACUUUACUUCGGUAAACAGCCUCGGAAAAAAAAUGUUGCGCGUACGAAUUUGCAUGUGUGUGCGCGAGAGUGCGUGUGAGUAUGCGUGAGAGGAAAGAAAUCGAUAGUACGCACAGUAUGCGCUUAUUAACGUGACGUUAGGGUAAAGAAAGGAAGCAAGUUUCUACCAAAAAAUAUAGCAAAUGAUUCUACACGCUAGACAUAAAACAGUAUUAUACGUUGAUCUAAUACGCCUUCCGUAGAAACGGAUGGUUGUAGAAGACGAUAAAGAUUCUUCGUUCGGGAACACAAAUCUUUAUUUAUCGCGUUUGUCUUAAGUCGCUGAUCAUUUCAGAACAUCUGUAAAAGAUUUGCCGUUCUCGAGCAGGCAGAGCAUUCCUUUUGGAAACCAACUUAACUUUACUGUGAUUUAAUAUUUUCAAAGCAAAACGAGACGAAAGAGUGAACAGAAUAUUUACGAGAAAAACUUCUCGUUGUCUUCAGAUUUCAAUGAACUUUUACGUUGAACGUGGCUUUGGACGUAGAUGGUCGAUAAUUCAGGAGAUAUUUAUUGUUGUAGCGUAUUAAAUUUUUCAUUGCUUGUAUCAUAAUCAUACAAUUAAUAAAAAAAAUGUUAAGUCAUUCUUAGACGUAUCUACGUCUCGAACUAUGUAAUACUUAAUAUAAUUUAUCAAUAGGUAAAACUUCGUAAAAAUCUAAGGAUUUCGCAGUUUUUCUCGGUAAAUAUACUGUUAUUAUUCGAACGAAUACAGACAAUAAACUGCAGGCGCUAACGUGUUACCGAACGCCAUCUAUUGAUCGAUUCGUUUAAAUUACGGACUAGCUUUUUCUUCAAUGGCGCCCAUACUUAACCGGGUACUUAAACGUUACGAUCUUUUUAUCACGUUCAAUUAAAAUAUUACAAUGUUUUGUACAAUAUCUGUUUAUACCGAUUCGUGUUCUUGUACAUUUUUACGUACUGUUACAGUCACUGAACGCACAAAAUAGUUUUAACGAAUUCGUUAACCAAGGGGUCGCGGAUCUUUUACCGCUGACUAGUUGAAAGUACUUCAAAUGAAAUGUGAUAAUUUAUAAUCGAUGGACCAGAUUGAACGUCCAUUUGUAUCGUAAAGUUUAGGGCGGAUAGGAAUCAAAACAGAAUUAAACGAACCGAUUAUUAUCGAAAGUCAGCUUGUCCGUAAAAUCGAAAAUAUUAGCCAUACAAACAUAACCAAAUUCUCGAUGAUCGUUGUAGUAACCGAAAAGAAAUAAGCUUAAGAUUAAUUAUUCGGUAGGAGAGAGCAUAUGUAUAUGUAUGUAUAUCGUGCACCGCGUUUCAUUUUUUUCGAAGUCGUUAAAAACGUACAUAUAAUAUGCAUCGAGAUUAUUGGUUCGACAAGUGCCUUUCGUUUUUGUCGACUGCUUGAUGAUAUUUUAUAAUAUGAGUGUGCGUGAAUAUGCGAGCAGAGUAGAGUUUAUAUUAUAAAAUAUACUUUGUAUCGUGCUAUACAACUUGCUUGUAUUUCGUAAACAUACAUGUAUGUGUACAUAAAUAUAUAUCUACGUCUGUAUGCGUAUACGUACUAUUGUAAAAUUUCAUAAAAUGUUUCUAAUAAAAUUAUAUUUUUGGAAACCACAAAAAAACGGAUCAUUUACACUACAAACUAUAUUAUUAAAUAAAAUAUGUUAUUUUCACUUGCCGAUUCGAUAAUGCGACGAUGACAGGUGGACUUAGGUUGACAUUCAACAGGUGACAGGUCAUUCCAAAGCAGAAGGUAUAUGAAAAUUCCAGUUUCCAUAUUUAAAUUGUCGUAGUUAUGCAUAUUUUGUAAUUACUUGUUCACUAAUUCACAAAUAUUCAUUAAUUUUUGCUGGCACUUGAAAAAACUACCGCCACAAUUCACGAACAGGAAGUAACUGUCAGAAAAUUACGCGGGAACUGGAUUACUGCACGCUCAUUGGUCGUCAAAAUAUCGCACUUUUCGAUAGUUCAUCUCGACUUCUAUAAACUUAAAUAUAAUUUAUUUAAUUUGCACAUCAUAUUUCAAUAUAUGUCAAUGUAAUGAAACAAUUCUUUAAAACAAUUCAUAAGCGAAAAUUAAAAUUAAAAAUAAUUUUCAUGACAUGCACAAUUCGAUACGACAAUCGAUUAAUGGCGGUUCGAGUAGGAUUCAAGUCAAAGUAGUUUCGAAAUAUACAAUAAUUUUUAUUUCAACGCGACUGUAUCAACCAACAAACGAAAAUAAAUUAUGAUAAUGAAUUACAUGAGCUUUAUAAAUGUAUAUGUACGUGGGUAUAAGCUGCCGAACAAAAUGUAGCAAUGAAAUAAUUGCGCUCUUUUCUUAUUGCAGUAUCGCAUAUUAAUUCUGUCAAUUCUAAUCUUGUUUAAUAAGGGGAUCAUUAUAGAAGAUUAGACGUUACAACACACGUUUAACACGAGGAGCUAAAGUACAUAUUUUCAAAUUCCAUUUAUUGACACAUUAUGAAGCAAUUAAUCGACUAUUCAUCGUUCGCAUAUAAAAUAUAUCCUCUAAUACUAAUAAGAUUAGCAUAUUAAAUAUAUCGGCGAUCAAAACAAUCAUUUUCCUUUACAAUUUUCCACGAUGAUUUCCUUUUCGUGAGAAGUCGAAAUAAAAAAUGAAAAACAAAAACAACGAAAAAAGAAAUCAAGAUCAGGGUAUAUCCAAGGAAUAAAAGUACAUCUGUGCGUGAAUAAUACCGAAAUGAACCAUAACAGAAUUAAUAGCCAUGUCUGCGGUGCAAAAAGUUAUUCUAUUCCAUUUGGUCGUGUUCAAAUUGACACGAUACAAAGAUACAUCACGAUAUAUGUAAUAGUUAUCGUGCAAAUAUAAUAACACUCGACCUUCCUUUGACCAACUAUGAAAAUAAAAAAGAUUGUAAUUUUGUUUACGUACAUUAGUCCAUCGUCGACGCCAAGAUUCCAUAAAAGGCGUAUCUUCUUUCCUUUUUACAUCGCAACUAUUUCUCACGACAGACAUGUCCGUGCUCUUUAUAACAAUGAAAAUGCAAUUCCUUAAUGCAUUACUUACGCAUAAUAAAAAUUAGUUGAAUAAAAAAUAAACAUUGUAAAAUUUAUCACCAUAAUAUCCUAUUUCCUUUGUUAAUAUUCCAAUUUAGUAACAAAGCUUUAACAAUAAAAUUAAUAAGCUUAUCAGUUAAUAAAUACUGAUAUUAAAAAUCCCAUCAACACUUUGACCGCUACAGAAACCUGUUACUUAUGUUAGGGAAACCAGCUUCUCUAAUUAUAAAUAAUUUGACUAAACUAAUAGAAAUAAAGCAAUAUCAAAAUAAUAUACAAAACUGAUUACAAAUAAAGAUACUGUUUAAUAACGUUUCAAAGCGUUGACAGAUCUUCGGUAGCUAAAAAGCGUUAACAUACACUGAAGUUAACACACGAUGUGGCACGGACACUGAUGUAGAAAUUCUCACGAUGAUCCUUUCCGAAUUAUAACAACUCACAUGUACAUAUGUUCAUCUUCGCUUCCCUAAACGAUAAAUAAACGAUCUUACGUAUUGGAUCAAAAUCAUGUAGCCUGAGAAGCAUCGUGUCGCAAUGCAAAAGUGGCAAGUGUCUCGAUAAUAUGCUGCAAUAUAUUUCAUUACCUACGUCGUUUUAUUAUCGUACACGCGUUAGAGUAAAUAUAAUAAUAUAAAUCCUGUUAAUCGAUGAUAAUGCUCAAAAACUUAACAAAACAAGCAUUUCCUUUGUUCUUAGAGACGGUCGCGACAUCAAGCAGAGUCUCAGCAUUGCCAAGGGUCUGCGUAUUCUUUUUUUCUCUCUUUUCUGCUUAUUCUUCCAGCAUGACCAAAACGCUGCAGGCAGUGACGGUGAGCUACCUAUUCCGUAAUUAAUAUUACAUUAGGUUCUAUAUUAUUCGAUAAUAUUAUAUAUAUAUAUACACGAUCCGCACACACCAGGUCAAACCCUAAAUCGUUUUUAUAAAUAAGAGACAACGACGAAUGGAUUACGAAUAAUAUCAUACCGAUAAACGUAACAUAAAGACCAUAUACUGGACACAAACUAGUAAUCGCAUACCUCUACUUAUGUAUUUAUUUCUCUUUCUCUCUCUCACUCUCAAUAAAUCCAUCAAAGAAAUAUUGUAAAAUAUUGACGAAACUAUUCAUCCCUGCCUGUAAUCAAACAGCAACUGGUGAAAACGAUUCGUCUUGUGGUUAAUCGUAUUAUGAAAAAAUAGACGGUACGUACACGUUUCUAAAAAUCGAUGUCGACGAUACACACCAUAACACGUAUCGUUCCACGAAGAAACACGCUUGUUCUCUCAUGUUCUACGACAAAGUAGCAAAAUGAACACGAAGAAGGUAGACGAUAUCUGAUCGAAUUGCAUCUUAACAACGAAUGAGAAAACGUUUUGUAGAAUCUCGUUUACACAAUAUCGACGAACUGAGCUUCUCUAGCUACUUGCAGACUACAGAUCGCUUCAACGACAGCAUUUUAUUUUUUACAAGACGAUGAAAGACGAUACCCACGCAUAUCUCGUCCUGACGACGCCAAAGGCACCAAGUAAAAGAAACAGCUCGACGCUUAAACGUCCGCAUUCGAUUGCUUUUUCCCCUCGUACGUCAUCCAAUAUCAUUUUGGCACUGUUUGGCCACUAAUUAUAACGCGUUACCAACACUUCUUAAACGUAUUGAGUCAAGUAAGAUGUCUGCUUUUGUCAAUUUCAGAAAAUUUCUUCAUUUAUGUAUGAUGUUCAUCUUGAUAGAAUAGUACGGUGAUGUUAACUUCUUGUAACACUUUGACGAUUCAUUUUCAAUUUCAUCGUGAAAUUAUCUUGCUAUCUCGAUUUACUAAUAAGAAAAGACGAAGGAUGAUAUCUAUAUAUUUAUAUAUAAUUGUAUCGCUAUAUAAUAAAACAGAAACGACAAUGGCACAGAAUAUGUUUACUAAACUUGUUACCUUAGCUUUGAUUUAGCGUUCGUUUAAUUAUUGGCAACGUGACGAAUAGUUUAAAUAUUAACAUUAGUUCCAAGUUAAUCUCAUUUCUAGUCUAACUUCUGCUGAUUUUUGUCGUAUUAAAUCUCUCCUCAUUCGCUCUCUCGCAUUCUCUCGCAGACUCUCUCCCUCUUUCUUCCCUUCUUUUCUCCAAGUAAUUAACUCCUGUGUUGUCUGAAAAGUGCCGACCAUUGCGUCUGCAACUUCCGGUUUAUAUUGUGCGUCCUUGGAAAUCUGACUAGCACAUGGAUUUUGAACAAAUAAAUUAACAGUUUCGUUCUCGAUUUCUGUCUACGUGCAUGUAAAAGUCCUCGUGGUAAUCACGUUUAUGGUACAACACGCUGCGAACAAAUACGCGAUACUCGCGCCAGUCUCUCGAUUAAUGCUGAAAUGCGAAAGAAAGUAUUUCUCCGUGAAAUUUAUUAUCAUUCUCACUGAUCGUAGUACAGAGCAGAUAUACUAGGCAUACCGCUCGUCGUCACAUCGGAUAUCUCUCUAUUAGAACUUCUUUCGUUUACUUAUUCACUGUAAUGUGCAUAGCAACCUACUGCCACGUGCAACGCUAUCAUCAAUGUUUACGAAUCGAUGAACAAGCGUAUAACGUACUUCGUACAAUGUUUCUCUGUUUGACGCCGAUAUACGAUCGGCAUUACGUACAUUAUUUAUGCUUAUAAGGUAUGAUUCUCUCGGCAGUGAUGUCGCACCCAUCUUCUCGAACUUUCGCCAAGUGUAUUAACUAUUUAUUUAUUGAGAAUCACAUUCCUUUAGAGAAGCAUUGUGAUCAACUAACAGAUUCGUAACAAUACACUGAAAUACCUAAAUAUGUACAAUAUAUAUCUUAACGAGUAGCGAACAAAAUUGAAAAUAUAUAAAAUCACAAAACGGACAAGAGAGGCACGACACUGGUUUUCGCGAGCUUUAUAUGAUAAACGGAAGAAUGAAAUAUUUCCUUUUUCUUUUUUUCUUAACUUUUUUUUUCACAAGAUACACUGUUGCAACUUAACAUUACACUGUAACGUAUCGAUAAAAAAUACACGAA